UGAUGCACUCCUAAUUUACCAUAUUUAUGAUCUUGUUUUGUCACACUUUUAAUAUUUUAUUUUUCAUUUUUUAAAUAAAAAAGGAUUGAUUUUUAUCAUCUUGAACAUUUUAAGGUAUUGCACUUGUUUUGAUAUAUUUUUGAAUUUCAGGAUAAUUCGGGAUGUAAAUUGAAAUUUUGAAAAGAAAUAAAAUUACUCCUGAGUGAAGACAGAAAAAUCAGCAAAGUGAAGCGGGUCCUUACUUUAACUCUGAAAUAUUUUAUCAAGAGACCCGAAAUUACUUCAAAAUAAAUUAGAUUGUCCGCAAUAAAAUGUACCGGUUAACUGCCGACCAGUUAACUGAUCAAACAGUUAACUGGCCAAAAUAAAAUAAGUGACGAAAAAUGAGCAAGCUCACAACACUAUUCACUCAUUAUUGUGAAUAAGGCUCCACCCGUUGAAGAAAUCUCAAGAAGAAAACAAAAGGAGAUCAAAUAAUUAUAUUGCAUCCACUUGGAACCAAGGCUGUCUUCUUCAUCUUUGAUUCGCCGAUCAGAAGAGCACAGUGGCAAAAGAAGAAAAAAAAUAACUCAACAGCAGCUGGUACUGUUUGGAGAACGAAAUUAAGCAGUGACAAUCACAUCUCAUGAAGGCUGAGGAAAUAGAACACCGAAAAUUAUUGAUCAACAUCUUCAUUUCAGAUUUCUCCUUCUCCCGCUGCUAUAUAAAGGGCCAUUUGAGAGCUGCAAAAGACACCAAGUUCUGAUAGAAAUCAUUCUUCUCUUUUCUUUAGUUUAUACGAAGUAUUAGUAGCCAUAUAAUAAAAGUGAUUCUGCCAAGAACACUUUCUGUAUAGAUUUCAGUUUAUAAUUCUCAGUUCCAGAAUUGAAGUUCAUUUGGGUUUAUCAGUUCGUUCAAUCAGUUCCAGCUUAAUACAAGGAUUUCAUCUUUUCUAUUCCAGCCCAUCUAUGUUCUUCAUUAUUUUAUGCCUUCAGGUUCUUACUUAAACACUCACUUUAAUUUCCUUAAUCUGUUAAAUUUAUUAUGUCUUUCAUGAAUUUUGCUUUUAUUUUAUUUACCGUAAUUAUGUGUAACUAAAUUAAGUUUAGGCUUGGGCAAGAUGUAAUUUUUACUAUUAAUGUUCAUAUGAUAAUAAUUGGUUAAAACUAUUAAUUGGUUAAUUUUAGGAGUGUUGGGUUGAAUAUUCUAAUCUGCUAAAUACAUUAUAUUGGGAAAUGAAUAUUAUCACGGGAGUGAAAUUUCAUUAAAAUACUUUUUAUUAAUUCACCCACUAAAUUGCUACACGGAAGUGUUAAGGAAUUUAGGAUAAUUUGAUUUUGUACUUUUUACUGUCUUAAUAAAAUUACUGCGGGAGCGGAAUUAAUUUAAGAUAGUGUAAUCAACUAAGUCGUGGGAACGAUUAGAAGAUUACCAUUUGUAAAUCUUUCACACAUCUAAAAGUAACUAAGUUAAUUAGUUAAAUCUUUAUUAUUAUGAACAUCAAAAUAAAAUUACUCUUAGCCCAAGCCUAAUUUUCUCUAUCAUUAAUUGUUAAAUUACCAAGUAUUGUGAUUUAUUUUUCUCCCUAGCAAUUCCGCAUUUAUAAAAACAAGAUAAAAAAAAAUCUGUUCACUUAGCUCCAUUGCAAAAUGUUAUUAAUUUGUGAUUAGCUAAAAAUCAAUCAUUAAUUCUAGUUCUCUUUGUGAGCCAUUCUCUAGCGGAACGAUACUCACUUACUCUAUACUAUAUCGUUACAAGCCAAUUAAAACAUCAUUUCCAUUCACAUUUUUACAUCAUUUCACACUACACAUUUUGGCCUGUCACGAUUUUGGCGCCGUUGCCGGGGAAUGGCAUAGUGUUAUUGAUUGAUUAUUAGUUAAUAUUAGUGUUUGUUAUUAUUUAUCUGGAGACUAAGUUUUUUUUUUACCUGUUCUCAUCACUUUCGUAAAAAAAAAUCAUUUUUCGUGCACUAUAAAAAAAACUCUUAAAAAAGUGUAUGCAUACUCGCUCUCAAGGGAGUGAAGGAUUGCAACCACUUAACCUUGAUUUUGAAACAGAAUUAAGGAAAAGAAGAAAAGCACGAACCCUUGAACUUAAAAUUCCAGAUCUGAUCAUGGAGGAUUUUCAAAACAAUCCCAAUAAUCCAAAUGGCCAAAACCUAAUUCCAAAUCCAAAUCCUACGCCACCUCAAAAUACACCCGUUGAUACUCCCAGAGAUAGACAUAAUCCUUUCUUUGGAGAUCAAAGACCACCAGGAUUUGAAAAUUUCCAACAAAUUCCUCCCCAAACACAACCCCAAAUUUAUCCACCACAUCCCUACCAAAAUCACCAAAACCAACCUCCUCCUCCAUAUCCAUACAUUUACCCAUAUCCUUACCCACCUCCUCCAUUUAUGCACCCAUACCAACCUCACCCAUUUGGCCAAUACUACCAACACCCACAUAAUCAACAAGAUCAAGGGCAAUUCAUGAGACAACAACAAGGGCGAAGACUUCUUGAUUAUGUUGCAGGUGAAAUUGAGCAACAAGACAGUAUUCUCUAUCCAGGUGUGGAUGCAGCAAAUUUUGAGAUCAAACCAGCACUUAUCUCAUUGGUCUCAGCCAACAAAUUUGGCGGAUCAAAGAGUGAAGAUCCGACGAGCCAUGUGAAACAAUUCUUGAGAGUUCUCCAAACUCUUAAACUAAAUGGAGCCUCUGUUGAUGCUAUCAGACUCAGAUUGUUCCCAUUCUCACUGAGGGAUGAAGCAUUGAGUUGGUUGAACUCUAAACCAUCCGGUUAUUUCAACACAUGGGAGAAGUUGCAUCGAGAAUUCAUGAAGGAGUUCUAUCCUCCUUCCAAGGCAUCAAAAAUGAAGAAACUUAUCCAGCAAUUCAGGAAACAUCCAUCAGAAUCUCUUUACGAAUCAUGGAAGAGAUUUAAAGACCUUCAAGUUCAAUAUCCACAUCAUAAUAUGAGCAUGGGUGAUCUCAUUGUCUCAUUUUAUGAAGGAUUACAUGAUAAUUCCAAAAUUGUUGUGGAUGCCUCUGCUAAUGGAGCUUUCAUGGAGCUUGAUCCUGAAACAGGCAAAGAGAUGCUUGAGAAAAUUUGUAACAACAGUGCAUCAUGGUAUUCUGAAAGAUCCACUCAAAAACUAGGAGCGGGAAUUUAUGAGGUUGACCAAACAACAGCUUUAACGGCAAAGGUUGAUUCUCUCACAACCAUGGUUCAAAAGCUCACGGAGAAACAAUCAUCAUCAACUUCUAGCACAUCAACAAAUCCAUCAUCAUCUUUAGCUCAAGUUUUGUUCUGUGAACUCUGUGGAGGAGGACAUUCUUUUAAGGAAUGCAAUCUUCUUGAACUUACACAAAAUGUUCCUUCUGGCCCCACAGUAGAACAAGCUGAAGCUAUAUAUGGUAGACCUCAAGUACCAUAUCAAGGAAACUAUAACCCUCAAGGGAAGACACAUCCAGGAUUCUCAUGGAGCAACUCAUCAGGUGCAGCAAAUUCAUCUUUUCCAUCCAAACCAACACCUCCUGGAUUUCAAAAUCAACAAGGAUUCAGAGGAGGAAACCAAAACAACCAACAAUUGAGGGGAAAUCAAGGGUAUCAAAAUCCUCAAGGGUACCCACCGCAACAACAAUUUUCAUCACCUCCUCAACAACAACAACAAUUUGUUGGAGUUAGUGAUUUCCAACAGAUGAUGCAAGGUAUUACUAAUCAAUUUUCUCAACUCACCACUCAACUCAAUCAAAUUCAAGCUCACAACAAAAUGCUUGAGAGCCAGAUUGCUAGUUUUGCUUCACCAUCUACUAGCAAAGCUCAAGGAAAAUUGCCUGCCUACUCUGAACAUCCCAAGGAGAAUGUCAAUGCAAUAACUACAAGGAGUGGAAAACAACUUUCUGAUCCACCACUUGUAGUUGAAAAAGAAAAGAUAACUGAAAAAGAGACUUCACUACCAAAGGAGAGUAACGAAGAAGGUCUCAAUUUCCCAACACAAGAGGGCACGAAAAAGGUAGUUCAACCAUAUGUUCCACCUUUACCAUUUCCUUACAGAGCAAAGAAGAACACAGUUGAUGAGAGGAGGGAUAAAUUCCUUAAAUGGAUCGGACAGCUUAACACAACAAUUCCACUUCUUGAUGCUCUGAAACAUAUGCCUUCAUAUUCCAAAUUUCUGAAGGAAAUUCUGUCAAACAAAAAGAAGUUUGAAGAGAAAGCUACCGUAGCCAUGAGCGAGGGAUCUAGUUCUAUUAUUCAAAAGAAACUUCCAGAAAAAUUGAAGGAUCCAGGUAGCUUUAAUAUUCCAUGCAUUAUUGGAGGGUUCAUGGUCAACAAAGCUUUGUGUGACCUUGGGGCUAGUGUUAGCCUUAUCCCUUAUUCUAUGAGCAAACGACUUAGUCUUGGUAUUCCCAAAGCUACUUCGAUGACCAUUCAGCUUGCUGACCGAUCUGUUAAGCACCCUGUUGGUAUUCUAGAAGACAUUCCUGUACAAGUUGGGAAAUAUUUCAUCCCUUGUGACUUUGUCGUCCUAGACAUGGAUGAAGAUGAGCGAGUACCUGUCAUAUUAGGAAGGCCUUUCUUGGCCACUGCUGGUGCCAUCAUUGAUGUUAAAAAACGUACGUUAAUAAUUGAAGUGGGGGAUGAAAGGGUUGAGUUCAAUAUUUUCCAAAUGGCGAGAAAUCCUUCAUGUGUGGAAGAUUGUUGGAGGGUUGAUAUAGUUGAUGAAUGUGUGAGAGACUUCAUGGGAUUCUUUCACAAUGAUCCUAUGGAAGCUUAUGCUGUGGAGGAAAUUGAAAAAAAUCAUGAGGGAGAAGAGUUAGUUGAGUGUGUAAAAAACAAAGAGAGCUGUGAAAAAAAUCAUGAGGGGGGGAAAGUGGACAAACUGGAGAGAGAAGAAGUGAGGAAGACUAAUAGCACAAAAGAACCACCCAAAGUUGAGUUGAAACCUUUACCAUCACACCUAAGAUAUGCUUAUCUUGGUGAAAACUCUACUUACCCAGUGAUUAUUAGCACUAAAUUGAAUGAGGAGGAAGUAGACAAGUUAUUGGUCCUAUUGAGAAAGCACAAACAGAUCAUUGGAUACUCCAUCGAUGAUCUAAUUGGCAUCAGUGCUAACUAUUGUAUGCACAGAAUUUAUCUUGAGGAAGGAUGCAAACUAGUUGUUGAACAUCAAAGGAGACUUAAUCCUAACAUGAAGGACGUUGUGAAGAAAGAAGUUAUCAAACUUCUUGAUGCCGGUAUCAUUUACCCAAUUUCGGAUAGUAGAUGGGUAAGUCCAAUCCAUGUUGUACCAAAGAAAGGAGGUUUCACAGUUGUUCCAAAUGAGCAUAAUGAGCUCAUUCCUACUCGCUUGGUCACGGGAUGGAGAAUGUGCAUCGAUUACAGGAAGCUUAACAAAGUCACAAAUAAGGAUCAUUAUCCUUUACCUUUCAUUGAUCAGUUACUUGAGAGGAUGGCAAACCAUAGCCAUUAUUGCUUUCUCGAUGGAUUCUCAGGAUAUUUUCAAAUCAUGAUCCAUCCAGAUGAUCAAGAAAAGACUACCUUCACGUGUGCCUAUGGUACAUUUGCUUUUCGAAGAAUGUCAUUUGGCUUAUGUAAUGCACCCGGAACAUUCCAACGGUGUAUGAUGGCUAUAUUCUCUGAUCUUAUUGAAGAAAUCAUGGAGGUAUUCAUGGAUGAUUUCUCUGUCUAUGGGACCUCAUUCGACUCGUGCUUGGAUAAUCUUGAUAAAGCAUUGACUCGUUGCCAAGAGGCAAAUCUUGUCCUAAACUGGGAGAAGUGCCAUUUCAUGGUAACAGAAGGGAUUGUUCUUGGGCAUAAGAUUUAAUCCAAAGGCAUUGAGGUAGAUCCAGCAAAGAUUGAAGUGAUCGAGAAGUUACCACCGCCAACAUCUGUUAAAGGCAUCCGAAGCUUUUUAGGGCACGCUGGAUUCUAUCGGCGAUUCAUCAAGGAUUUUGCUAAUAUUGCAAAACCACUCACAAGACUCCUAUCCAAAGAGGUUGAAUUUAUCUUUGAUGAUGCUUAUCUUAAUUCUUUUUGUAAAAUUAAGAAAGCAUUGUGUUCUGCACCUGUCAUUCAACCACCGGAUUGGAGCAUGCCUUUCAUCCUAAUGUGCGACGUCAGUGAUUACACUGUAGGAGCCAUGUUGGGACAGAAACAAGGUCGUUGCAUACAUGCAAUUUAUUAUGCAAGUCAUACUCUUGAUGAUGCUCAACAAAACUAUGCCACAACAGAAAAUGAGCUACUCGCAGUUGUCUUUGCCAUAGAGAAGUUCAGGUCAUAUCUUGUUGGAAGCAAAGUGAUAGUUUACACUGAUCACUCAGCUCUAAAGUACCUAUUUGCAAAGAAGGAGGCCAAGCCACGACUUAUUAGAUGGGUGUUGCUACUGCAAGAGUUUGACAUCGAGAUCCUUGACAAAAAGGGGUCUGAAAAUGUCAUCGCUGAUCACCUGUCCAGAAUUGAGUCACACACAGAAAAUAAAGCGACCAAAGAAUUACCCAUUGAUGAUUCAUUCACGGGAGAAUAUUUGCUCUCUGUCAAGCACUUUUCUCCUUGGUAUGCUGAUUGGGUUAAUUACCUGGUCAGUGGUUAUAUUCCUUCCGAAUUCUCGUGGUCCCAAAAGAAAAAGUUCUUACAUGAUGCUCGCUCUUAUUUUUGGGAUGAACCAUUAUUGUUCAAGAGAUGUGCUGAUGGAAUUGUUCGAAGAUGCAUUCCAGAAGAUGAGUUUGAGGCUAUACUUUAUCAUUGUCAUUCAUCACCAUAUGGUGGUCAUUUCGGAUCCACAAGGACGUCAGCUAAAGUCCUACAGUCAGGUUUCUAUUGGCCUACAUUGUUCAAAGAUUCUCAAAUGUACGUGAAAAGAUGUGAUCGAUGCCAACGCACAAGAUCUAUUGGCCGCCGAAAUGAAAUGCCACAAUCCGGAAUACUUGAAGUUGAACUCUUUGAUGUAUGGGGAAUGGACUUUAUGGGACCAUUUCCUAGCUCAUAUGGCAAUUCUUACAUUCUUGUGGCUGUGGACUAUGUUUCAAAAUGGAUUGAAGCGAUUGCUAGUCCAACAAAUGAUUCCAAGGUUGUGAUCCGGUUUGUGAAGAAAUUUAUUUUCUCAAGGUUUGGAGUUCCGAGGGCCUUCAUCACAGAUAAUGGUACACACUUCUGCAAUAAGCAACUUGAGAAACUUUUGCUCAAGUAUGGUGUUAAUCACAAAGUGUCUACUCCGUACCAUGCACAAACUAGUGGCCAAGUUGAACUCUCAAAUAGGGAAAUCAAAUCAGUCCUUGAGAAAGUUGUCAAUCCCACAAGGAAAGAUUGGUCCCUCCGACUUGAUGAUGCUUUAUGGGCCUAUCGUACUGCAUAUAAGACUCCUAUUGGCACAUCACCGUUCAAAUUGGUGUAUGGGAAGUCUUGUCACUUACCAGUGGAGAUUGAACACAAAGCAUUUUGGGUUAUCCAAAGCCUAAACCUUGACUCCACUCUGGCAGGGCAAAAGAGGUUGUUACAACUAAAUGAACUUGAAGAAUUCAGACUUGAUGCCUUUGAGAAUGCCCGAGUCUACAAGGAAAGAGCAAAGAAAUGGCACGAUGGGAGAAUCCUUAGGAGAGACUUUUCUUCUGGAGAUAGUGUGCUACUAUUCAACUCAAGGCUAAAACUCUUUCCAGGAAAGCUGAAAUCAAAAUGGUCUGGACCUUUCAAAGUUAUCAAAGCCUAUUCAUCUGGGGCAAUCAUUCUGGAGGCAAAUGAUGGGAGGCAAUUUACUGUCAAUGGCCAAAGAGUUAAGCAAUAUCAUGAAGGAGAUGACACAAAGGAGAAACUCACUGUUGAUCUGGACAAUCCUCCUUACGAGUAAAACACUCAGGUAAUGUCGGGCACACGACGUUAAAAAUAGCGCUUCUUGGGAGGCAACCCAAGUUUAUUUCCUUACAUUUGUAUGUGUGUUUUGUUUGUGUGUUUGCAUUGCAUGAUUUUUUCCCCCACCCAUUUACUCACCCGCCCUGUAUAUAUUUGUCACAUCGAGGACGAUGUUUCAUCCUAAGUGUGGGGGGAGAAUACACAUGUUUGUUUGUUUGCUUGUAAAUUGCCUUAUCACCUGUUUAACUUUCAAAUCAUGCAUUCUAUUCUUUCACAUGGUAUGUGGAUUGUUGGCGGGACUUGUCUCUUAAUAAUUGGAUUGAGAAUCAUAAUUUUGAGCGUUGAGUAAAAUUUUGGUCAAAUUUCAAACUUUGUACAGACACAAUACAUCUCAUGCACGUAAAUGGUUAUCUAGUGAAAUUGUUGUUCAAUAUGUUUAAGAUUGUGCAAAACAAGAGUGCUAUGUGCUUUUAUUUUCCUUGACAUGAUUUUCUGACUUAGCACAUUAGGAAAUGAUAUAGGCCAUUUUUCAAAAAAAAAAAAAAAACCCAUAUACCUAGCCUUACCCAUGUGAUAAAUAUCCCUUGUUCACCCCUUUGAGCCAUUUCUUUUAAUAAGCGUUAUACGCUUAACCCUAUUUUUGUUAUUUUCUUUCAUGACAACGCGUUAUAUGUGAACCUUAGCCUAAAAGUCAAACACUUUCCAUCAACCCUAGAAUGAACUUGCAUAAAUUUUAAUGAUUUUAGAGAGUGUCAUUCACCUUAAGGGAGCUUCAUUUACACUUUUGUGAUUACUUAGUUGUUAAUAUUCAUUUAUAGGGGUAGUUGUUCUUGUUGUAUCAUCAUUGUACAUAUUAUUCUUGUAAAUUCUUACUGUUAGAAGCAUGAAAUAAGCCUUGAAAAAAAAAAUUGAAAAAGAAAAAAAAAAUUAAAAACAAAAAAAAAAGAGAGAGAGAAAAAAGAAAUAUAUAUAUAUAAAAAAAAAGAAAAAAAAAGAAGAACAAGGCUAAAUGUCAAUGUAUAUGCUUCUCUCUUUUGUAUAUUUUUCUUGUACAUUAAAUUACUCUUUUUACUACCCCUAACUGUUGAAAAUAACUAAGUGUUGUAUAGAUUAUUCUCAAAAGCUCCUACUCACUUCUUAGUACCUCUUUAAAUUUGUUAAAUUUAUGACAAGUUCAUUUCUUUUGUUUCCUCAUUAACUCCCUUUGUUCAUAAGCCUUUUCCCACAGACCCCAUUAUAACCCAAUGUGAAAAGUCCUAAUUGAUCUUAAUUGUGUUUUGUCUGAAAUAAGUUGAUAGGAAAAUCUUAUUUUGCAUAAUUUUGCAUGGUUGAACAAACGAAGCUAGAUUCAAUUUUCACAUCACACACUUUGCGUUUGUUAGAGUUAAGGGUUGACCAAAACUUUUUAGAUGAUAUGAAAAAUAUUUUUAUGAUUCUCACUACUCUUAUUUUGUGACAAGUCAAGGGAAUUUGAUUGAUCAGGUGGAGUGAAAGGAAAGUGUGCAUGAUUUGAAGGUUAUACAUAUGUUUUGGCAAAUUCAUUUUUGCUUGCUUGCUUGUGUGAAAUGUAAAUAUUUUUGCUUGAGGACAAGCAAAAUCUUAAGUGUGGGGGAGUUGAUGCACUCCUAAUUUACCAUAUUUAUGAUCUUGUUUUGUCACACUUUUAAUAUUUUAUUUUUCAUUUUUUAAAUAAAAAAGGAUUGAUUUUUAUCAUCUUGAACAUUUUAAGGUAUUGCACUUGUUUUGAUAUAUUUUUGAAUUUCAGGAUAAUUCGGGAUGUAAAUUGAAAUUUUGAAAAGAAAUAAAAUUACUCCUGAGUGAAGACAGAAAAAUCAGCAAAGUGAAGCGGGUCCUUACUUUAACUCUGAAAUAUUUUAUCAAGAGACCCGAAAUUACUUCAAAAUAAAUUAGAUUGUCCGCAAUAAAAUGUACCGGUUAACUGCCGACCAGUUAACUGAUCAAACAGUUAACUGGCCAAAAUAAAAUAAGUGACGAAAAAUGAGCAAGCUCACAACACUAUUCACUCAUUAUUGUGAAUAAGGCUCCACCCGUUGAAGAAAUCUCAAGAAGAAAACAAAAGGAGAUCAAAUAAUUAUAUUGCAUCCACUUGGAACCAAGGCUGUCUUCUUCAUCUUUGAUUCGCCGAAAGCACAGUGGCAAAAGAAGAAAAAAAAUAACUCAACAGCAGCUGGUACUGUUUGGAGAACGAAAUUAAGCAGUGACAAUCACAUCUCAUGAAGGCUGAGGAAAUAGAACACCGAAAAUUAUUGAUCAACAUCUUCAUUUCAGAUUUCUCCUUCUCCCGCUGCUAUAUAAAGGGCCAUUUGAGAGCUGCAAAAGACACCAAGUUCUGAUAGAAAUCAUUCUUCUCUUUUCUUUAGUUUAUACGAAGUAUUAGUAGUCAUAUAAUAAAAGUGAUUCUGCCAAGAACACUUUCUGUAUAGAUUUCAGUUUAUAAUUCUCAGUUCCAGAAUUGAAGUUCAUUUGGGUUUAUCAGUUCGUUCAAUCAGUUCCAGCUUAAUACAAGGAUUUCAUCUUUUCUAUUCCAGCCCAUCUAUGUUCUUCAUUAUUUUAUGCCUUCAGAGUGUCACAAGCCUCCUCGGCCAAAAGUACGAAAUUUAACCAACAACGGCCAGAAGGAGUGAACAGCGCCCUUAACGGACACUCAAGGUAAAGGACGCUCAUCGUCUUCAAGCAAGACACAACCGAAGUGGCCUCCUCGACCCAAAAACAAAAUUCAGCCACCGAAGAUCGUGAAAAGGAAAGAAUGUCCUCAUUGGCCACUCAUGCCAAAGACACAUAUCGGUCACCCACAACCGCGGACCUUCACAACCCCCAUCAAGAAAGGGGAUUCAUCGUCCUAGAGAGCAAAGAACACGUACCAUCCGCAUGGCUAGGAUCUCUCCUGUCCGCAACAGGGGGCACGCAACGGCCAAGCGUAAAAAGAAUAGGAAUCUACUCUCCUUCACUUCGUCUACAUCUCAGCUUAGAGAGUGGGGGACUCCUGAUGGAGUAUAUGGGUCUAGGCCCCAGGAUCCACAUACUCAGGAGAACAGAAGACACAGCUGUCACCCAGUGGGGCCCUCAUUGGCCAGGUGACCCUCAUCGGCUGGAACGAAGUCAACCCAGAACAUGACCCGGAAGUCAGAAGAAUCGGGUGACCUCGUCAGCCGGGUCUUCGUCGGCCAUGCACUCAUCGGCCAGACCCUCGUCAGCCAUGCACUCAUCGGCUAGACCCUCGUUGGCCACAAAGGACUCCCAGAACCGGAUUUUACACUUACUCAUUUUGUAUACUCCAUCAUUCACUUUGUAUUCGGCCCAAUAGCGGUCUAGUUGUAAAUGGGCCUCCCAAGUCCAAGGCUUGGGAGCCCAGCCCGUAUUUUUCCUAUAAAUACUUCCUCUGGAGGUAGUUGUAGGGGUUGGAAAAUCAUUUAUUGAAGAAUUUACUUGCACUUCUCUCUCUAGCUCUCACCUCUCUCUAGUAUAUACUCUAUCACACUUCUUGUAAGAGAGCUAAAAUGUGGAAAGACUUUAAUUGCUGGAAAAUUGGUAAGAAACAUGAUAAUGAUUCGAUUUAUUUUAUAUAUCGAUUCAUGUUUAUAAGCUUACUACUGUCUUGUGAUUUUUAUGUAUUGAACAAAAUGUUAGAAAUCCUAUCUGCCUGAACUCAUAGAGGUUAGAAAUAUGUAAUCUAUAUCUCGUAUCUUGUGAUUUUCCUUGGCUCCAAGCAUGAUAUCUGUAAUCUAUAUCUCAUAUCUGCAAUCACCACCAUUCAGUCAAGUUUUCAAGGGUGUGCAGCGUUGAUUGUGAGCCAUGGGAUCCCCUUCAAAUUCUGCAGACAGUUCUUGGGGCGGCGCUUCAAGGAGAGAAUCUUGCUACGGAUGACUGCAAUCAAAAUUUGGCAUCAAGGAUAGCAGCCGUAACAGUCUCAUAUGUUCUCUCCCAGCACAUGAAGUUUUUUCUUGCACUGGAGAAUUGCGUGCACUUCCAUAAGUUAUUUACCCUUUCAUUCAUCAUUCAUUCAGAUCCCUAUUACCUACUUUACUCUUUGAAUACCUCCUUUAAUUUGACUAAUCUUUCUUCUAUCAUGCAGAUGCUGGAUAUAUAAUUACAAUUAUUUACCUUGGUGCUAUGUACACAACAUGUGUACAUGAACAUGUACAACUGCUGCAACGAUACAAUUGCAGUGUGCUCGCUCAGAAGCUACACGUACAAGCUGUCACCUUUUGCUGUAAAGGCCAUAAAGUUAACGAUUGCUUUCCCAAAGUGUUAUUUGGUUAUCUCUUACACACACACUCUCUCCAAUAUGUUAUUUGGUUUUUCUCACACUCUCUAUCUCUCUCAUGCAUUGUACUUUUUUUACUAAAUUCUCUAUUAUCGAAGGUGAUAAGUGAUCCUUUUUAAUACUUCUCCAAUCAUGCAUUUUGUUAUUGUUAUCAUAGGUGAUAAGUUGAUGUGAAUGGGGAAAAGGGAGCACGUGUUGUUGAUUACUUCCAUAAGAAUGCCGUUGUCGGGGCUUGACACUUAAAGAUUGUUUUAUGUCCUAUAGAUCGUGCUUUAUCUCAAUUCUAGCUAUAAUUGUAACUUGUGUUUUGUUUUUUGAGUUGUACUUAAUUACAUUUAUGAUUUCCGGGGUAUGUCCCUAUGAAUCAUGUACAUUCAUAUGAAAUCUUGAGAUAUAAAUAAAAUGUUUGAGAUUUUGGUUUA